AUGACCACUAACACCAUGUGCAGGGCAGAACUGGACCCUGAAUACCAUACAGAACUGGCUGACAUGGUGGCAGCUAUCAAUGUGGCAGCCAAUAGAAUAACCCCUCCAAACGGACACAGGGUAGGGAGACUGAGAAGCGAUGGAUCAGAGUCGGGCAAGAACCAACGUCAUCGACUCACCCUCUCUGACCGGAAGCUCUCACUCCAGGAACGUGGAAGUCACCAGGGGGCUACAACCCCACGGAUAGCAAGAAGACCCACCAUUGAGUCCAAACGUGUUUCCAUCUCAGAUGGUGAGGACUGUGUUCAGCUUAACCAGUACAAACUGAAAAAUGAGAUUGGAAAGGGCUCAUAUGGAGUGGUAAAAUUGGCCUAUAAUGAAGACGAUGACCAGUAUUAUGCAAUGAAGGUGGUGUCCAAAAAAAGGUUACUGAAACAAUACGGUUUCACACGGCGACCCCCUCCUCGAGGGUCUACUCCAUCUCAGGAUGACCAGAAAAAGCCCUUUGGGCCUCUGGACAGAGUUUAUCAGGAGAUUGCCAUUCUGAAGAAGCUGGACCACUUAAAUGUUGUCAAACUGGUGGAAGUGCUUGACGAUCCAGCUGAGGAUAAUCUCCAUAUGGUCUUUGAGCUAGUCCCAAAAGGCCCAGUGAUGGAAGUCCCAACUGACAAUCCUUUUACUGAAGAGCAGGCUCGUUUUUACUUCAGAGACAUCAUCCUGGGUAUCGAAUACUUGCACUAUCAGAAGAUCAUCCACCGAGACAUUAAACCCUCUAAUUUGUUGCUUGGAGAUGAUGGGCAUAUCAAGAUUGCAGACUUUGGUGUCAGUAAUGAGUUUGUGGGGAAUGAUGCACUGCUGUCCAGCAGUGCUGGGACCCCUGCCUUUAUGGCACCGGAGAUGCUUACCGAACAGGAGCAGAGCUUCAGUGGCAAGGCCACAGAUGUGUGGGCCAUGGGGAUUACCUUGCACUGUUUGGUCUUUGGGAAGUGCCCUUUCAUGGAUGACUACAUAUUAGCUCUGCACGAUAAGAUCAGGACCUGGCCUUUGGAAUUCCCAGAGAUGCCUGCUGUCAGCGAGGGGUUAAGAGACCUUAUUGAUAAAAUGUUGGAUAAAGAUCCUGAAACACGAAUCACGAUUCCUGAAAUCAAGUUGCAUCUGUGGGUAACAGUGGAUGGCGCAGAGCCAUUACCCCUGGAGGAGGAACACUGCAGUGUAGUGGAGGUCACAGAAGAAGAGGUGCAGAAUUCAGUCAAACUCAUCCCCAGCCUGUCUGCUGUGAUACUGGUGAAGUCAAUGCUACGCAAGCGUUCUUUCAGUAAUCCCUUUGACUUCCUUGGCCAUCGACCAGGAAGAUCCAUGUCUGCCCCGGGCAAUCUGCUCUCGGAUACAUUGCUCCUUGGCUCCUCUGCAAAGCUUCAUCCAUCUCUAAGAGCAUGUAGUAAAGAGGGAAGCAGGGAAGGAGAGCUGGAAGACCUGCAUGAAGACGAGGCGUUUACCUGA